AUGAGCGGCCGGGAGCGGGCGGCGCCGCGCGGCGCACUACUGCCGCUGUUGUUCGCCUGCCUGCUCGCCACCCAACCACUGGUGGUGUGCGAGGUGAGCGGUGAUCCUCCGCGGCUGGCGCCGUGGUUCACAGCGGAGCCUCCGCCGCUGGUGCAGUUCGCGGCGUCCAGGGGCGCUCGCGUGCGGUGCGCGGCGCGGGGCACGCCGCCACCGACCGUGCUGUGGCUGAGCGACGACGGCACCCCGCUCACCGACACCCCUGGACUCAGGCGCAUAUACAGCAACGGUACCCUGGAGGUGUUGCCCGCGAGUGGGUCGGCCCCCGCGGCCGCCACGCUGCGGUGCCGCGCCGCCAACGCACACGGCGUCGCGCUCUCCAGGGACCUCACCCUACUACCUGUGUCGGACGUGAACUGGGAGGCGGUGCUGGUGGCGGCGGCGGCGUGGGCGGGCGGCGUGGCCGCGCUCACGUGCCGCGCCGCAGACAGCUCGCCGCACGUCCGCCCCGCCGUAUGGUACCGCGGCGACACAGUACUCGACGUACACGCACCCACUGCAGAGUCUCGUUACGUGGUGGCCGGCGACACGCUGCUGGUCCGCGACGUGUCCGCGGCGGACGCAGGCCCCUACAGCUGCGUGGCGCGGCACGCCCUCACGGCGCUCACCAAGCGCUCCCGGCCCGUACACCUGGCAGUCGCACCGGGACCCUCUAAUUCUGCACCUCGAGUGGUGGCGAGCGCCAACGAAGUGUCGGUGGCAGCCGGCGCUGACUUCUGUAUACCCUGCGUCGCUUCUGAGUACCCUCCGCCUCAUUACACGUGGUACCGCGAGAUGAACGGCCGCCUGCAGCCGGUGGAGCCUUCGGGCGGGCGCUGGUGGUGGGCGGGCGGCGCGGCGCUGUGCUUCUCCCGAGCCUCCCCCGCCGCGGGCGGUGCAUGGCUGUGCAAGGCCUACAACGUGUAUGGGGACGCCACCAAGCAGAUGAGGCUCCACGUAGAUGGCGCAGACGACCUGGCUGUCACCGUCGCGCCCGCCGUCCUCGUGGCUGACACGGGCAGCACGGCCCGCCUCAACUGCAGCGCGAGCGACCCUUCAGGGAGCAUCACGUGGCUGCACGACGGCGUGGCGGCCGGCAGCGGGCCCGAGUUGGUGCUGCGGGCCGUCACUCGCUCGCACCGCGGACUCUACCAGUGCUUCGCAAGAAGAGGGUCGUAUGCGGUACACGCUUCUGCUGAGCUGCGGCUGGGAGACUCCGCGCCGGAGCUGCACUACACGUUCAUCGAGCAGGCGCUGCGGGCGGGCGGCGGCGUGUCGCUGCGGUGCGCGGCCGCCGGCUCGCCCGCGCCGCGCCUCGCCUGGCUGCUCGACUCGCAGCCGCUGGACCAGUACCGGGCCCAGCACAGGUACUUCAUCAAUGAAGAGAUAUCAGUUAACGGUGAUGUGGUGUCGACCCUGAACAUCAGCUCGGUGUCCCCGGAGGACGGCGGCCGGUACACGUGCCGGGCUCAAAACCAAUUAGGACAAGCCGAACACUCCGCCAGACUCAAUAUUUACGGGCCGCCUUCAAUUCGUGCGCUGGGUCCUAUCCGGGUGGUGGCGGGCGCCAACGCCACGAUCUUCUGCCCGUAUGCCGGAUAUCCGAUCAGCUCCGUGUGGUGGCGGCGCGGCGCGGGGCGCGCGGUGGGCGGCGCGGGGCGCGUGUCGGCGCGCGGCGCGGAGCUGCGGCUGGCGCCCGCGCUGGCCGCCGACGCGGGACGGUACGCCUGCGAGGUGGCCGCGCCCGCCGCCGCCGCCCGCGCCGACCUCGAGAUACAAGUCCGAAAUCCACCAAAAAUUUCGCCCUUCAUGUUUUCUUCCGAAUUGACCGAAGGCAGCUCUGUGCAAGUUCUUUGCGGGGUCUCGUCCGGUGACAAACCCAUGUACUUCUCUUGGCUUAAGGACGGCGCACCUCUGUCGUCUAAUUUGCAGAUAGAAGAAAAGAGUUUAAAUGAAUUUUCCCUUCUAAUGUUCUCCGACCUGACGGCCCGCCACAGUGGCGACUACACCUGCCGGGUGACGAACCACGCCGCCACUGUCAACUACACCGCCACACUCAGCGUCAAAGUGACACCGGCAUGGACGACAGAACCUAUGGAUGCUGCUAUAUUACUUGGCGCUCCGUUAUCACUGCAAUGUGCCGCCAAAGGUUAUCCGGUACCUAAGAUCAAGUGGUACAGACGCAUAGGCGAUAGUGUAUCCCUGAACAAUGACAAUGAAGAUCACUGGGAGAUAAUCGGAGGUUCAGACUGGGGCGACGGGGUCAUCGAAGUGCGCACUCGAAACGGUACGCUGGGAGCACCAGCCGCCUCCCGGCUACAUCAGGGACAGUACCGCUGCGUCGCCGACAAUGGUGUGGGACCUCCUCUCAUCAAACAUAUCAAUUUAACUAUCCAUGAGCCGGCACACUUCGAAGAGUCCAGCGGCAACAUGUCGUGUGUGCGCGGACACAGCGUAUCUCUGACAUGCCAUGCCCUCGGUGACGCGCCCCUCACUGUCCACUGGACUCAUCAGGGCACUAGGAUUGAUCUCAACUCCUACAGAUGGUCAGUAUCCGAGGUCCGUACAGUGGAUGGAUUGCGGUCGAGCCUGCAGUUCCGUGCGGCCGAGAGCACCGACGCGGGCGAGUACCGCUGCCACGCGCACAAUCAGUAUGGCAGGAGCGAGCUGCUUUUGUUCCUACACGUAGAAGAACCCCCAGAAGCGCCGCGUUCACUUCACCUGGGAGGAGUUGGGUCGCGCUGGGUGCGGGUCACGUGGCGUGCGCCAUCAACACGGGGAUUAAGUUACAGUGCUUCAUUUACAGCGCUGCAAGCAUUGCCCACCCAAGACGCUAAACACAUAACCACCAACUUAACACUUGACUCUGUCGCAGAUGAAAGAGCCGAUACCGAUGGUCAUCCUAUAUUGAGUGCGCGCUUAGAAUCCCUACAUCCGUCGGUUGCAUACUCGCUGCGUCUCACUGCUACUAAUCACAUUGGUCAAUCUCCUCAAUCAGAACCACUACUCUUCACCACUUUGGAGGAAGCACCGUCGGCAUCACCACAGAACGUACAAGUAAGGUCAGCUGGAGUAGGAGAAUUACAUAUCACUUGGUCGGCCCCUCCACAAGACAGUUGGAAUGGUGAACUGCUAGGCUACGUAGUAUCUUGGCGGGAGCUGAGCCGGGUGGACGAGGAGGGUAAUGAUGAGGAGCGGCGCGCCGGCAGCAGCACCGCGCCCGGCUGGACCACCGCCGACACCACCAUCAGCGGGCUGCGCUCGUUCUCGCGGUACGCGCUGACGCUGCGCGCCUACAACCGCGCCGGGGCCGGGCCCCCCACGCCCACCAUGUACGCCACCACCGCCGACGGAGUGCCCGAGGUCGCCCCGACUGCUGUCGUCUGCGAGGGGCUCUCGUCGCGCUCGUUGCGAGUUCGCUGGUCACCCCCGCAGCCGGCGCACGCUCACGUACUGCGCGGUUACGACGUACAGUAUGCAACGUUACACUUCUCACCACUGUGGAGCGGCGCCAUGGAAUCACAAACGGCUCGUACCGGUGCGAACACCGAAGCUACACUGCAGGGGCUGCGGGCGGCCACCAACUACUCGGUGUGGGUGCGGGCCCGCACCGACCGCGGCCUCGGACCGCCCUCCGCGCCCAUCUACUGCUCCACCAGGGAGGACGUUCCUGGAGCGGUGGAAGCAGUACGCGCGCUUGCGUCUAGUUCGGACACAGUUCGCGUAUCGUGGCUGGCUCCCAGUCAGCGCGCCGGUCGCCUGACACACUACACGCUGUAUACCAGAGAACUGGGCAAAGUCGGCGGCGAGUGGUCGCAGAGAGUCGAAGCGAAUGUCGACUCGAAAUCGGACGAAGAAAUCGAAGAAGAGGAGGUGUGGCGGGAGGUGGUGGGUCUGCGGGAGCGCACGGUGUACGAGUUCUGGGUGCGCGCCGCCACCGCGGCCGGCGCCGGGCCCCCCACGCGGCCCGUCACCGCCGCGCCCGCGCGCGCAGGCUCCGCGCGCAUCUCGUCGCUGGGCCGCGUGGUGCACGUGUCGCGCGGCGCGCGCGUGCGGCUGCGGUGCGCGGCGGUGGGCGCGCCGCCGCUGCGCUGGCGCUGGUCGCCCGCACCGCCGCCGCACGCGCACACGGUCACAGACGACGGCGACCUCGUCAUACACAAGGUGGAGGUGCAGACUGCGGGCAACUACACGUGCUCGGUGCGUAACAGCGGCGGCGCGGACGCGGCGGUGUACACGUUGGCGGUGCGGCGGCCGCCCGCCGCGCCCGCGCCGCGCCUCGUGCGCGCCGACCGCCGCGCGCUGCACCUCGCCUGGGACGCGCCGCCCGACGGCGGGGCCGCGCUCCUCGGCUACACGGUGUGGUGGUCCCGCGAGGGGGGCGAGGGGAGCGAGGGGCGCUCGGAGCCGCGGUCGGCGCGCGUGCCGGCGGGGGACACGGCGCACGCGCUGGCCGGGCUGGCGUGCGGCGCGCUCUACCGCGUCACGCUGCGCGCGCACAACGCCGUCGGAGCCUCGCCGCACUCGCGGCCGCUCCUCGCGCGCACCCGCGGCGACAAGGCGAAGGCGCCGCCGGGCAAGGAGUUCGUGUGGGCGAACAGCACGGCGCUGCGGCUGAACCUGCUGGCGUGGGGCGGGCGCUGCCCGGUGGCGGCGUGGACGCUGGCGCUGCGGCCCGCGGCCGGCGGCGGCUGGACCGCCCUGCACACCAACGGGGAGACCGCUGAGAGCGGUGACCUGCAACCAGGCACCUGGUAUGAAAUCCGCGUGGUGGCGCGCGCACCCGCCGGCGACACGCACGCACGCUACAAGGCUGCCACACACACGCGCAACGGAGAGCGCGUGGGGGAGCCGACGGAGCUGCCGCUGGAGGCGCGCGGGGCGGCGGGCGGCGGGGGCGCGGCGCGCGGCGCGGAGGCGGCGGCCACGUGGCGCGCGCCGCUGACGCCGCUGCUGCUGGCCGCCGCGCUCGCCGCCGCACUCACCGCGCUCACCGCGCUCGCAGGUGUGGUGCUGGCGCGGCGGCGGCGCGCGGCGCUGUGUGAGCGGCGCGAGUGCUCCCCGCGGCGGCCGCACCCGCAGCUCUACUCCACGGAGCCCGGCAACAGGAACGGGAAGACUCUCACGCCGCCGCACUCGGACGACAUGCACGAGAUCAGCCCGUACGCGACGUUCAGUAUGACGGGGGGUGGCGGCGCGGAGGUGUCCGGCGGUGCGGGGGGCGCGGGGGGCGCGGGCGGCGGGUGCGCGCUGCACCUGCGCACGUUCGCGCGCGCGGAGUCAUUGGACCUGGCCGCGCCGCCGCCGAGACCCAACCUCCUCACGCACUCACAAGAGUACGGGCGGUGCCGCGACAGCGACUCUGAGUCGAGCGGGUCCCCGUGCGCCGCGUGCGCCGCCGAGCUGUACCGGCUGCCCGCCGCGCACCUCUCCGAUACGUUGCCCGCGGUGGAGUCGAGCGCGGACGACACGUCGUACAGCGCCGGCAGCCGCGCGCGCCACCGCGCGGCGCGGGGCCGCCGCCGCAGGGACCACUCGCGGCACUCGGCGCCCACCGUCAGGUGACACCCUGCACACACCACACCAUCCGCAUCACCACCCGCAUCGACACUCACUCCUACUCCACUUCGUAUGGGGCACUCCUCACAUGUCACACUUUUACAUUUCACUGUACAAAUAUAGUAGGUGCCGCAACUGAAGUUAUCACAUGGUCGGUUGCAACUUUUGACGGUAUCCCUAACUUACCUAUACGCUGUGUUGUUUUGGGUUUAUUUAAAAGAGCAACACACAAGUUUCUUGUUCAUUCUUCUUGUGUGAACCUGGAUUCAGAAU